AAUUUAUUUUACGGUGAUUAUAUACAUACUACAGUAGUUGCAUAGUAAUUACGCGGAUUAGCUAACUAACCGUUUGUUAACGUUACACCUUUAGCUAUAAACGGACACUUUUUUUUUUAAAGCGAUAGCCUGGUUUUAAAUGAAAAUGCAGAGUUACAGUUGCCGUCGUCGGCAUGGAAGUUCAUCUCCAAACGCCCGACCAAUACGUCAGAAGUUACAGUUUGCACCGAGCGAUGAAGAGGAUGACCCGAUUGAGGACGGCAACAACAGCACAGGAGCAGAAUCGGGCUUUACAGAACUGGACUCUCCAAUGCAUGAACUACGGGACAGUGUCGAUAAACGACUCGAACACAGCAGCCCUCUGAAUCGGACUGGGGAACGCGGUGAUGUGGAACUAUGGGACGAAGAGGGAUUCGGUUCUCCGUCUCACCUUCAGUCCCCCAGUAGCGUUAUUUUCACGAAGGGGUCCCGGUCACCACGGAAAAGCUCUCGGGUGUACGGCAAUUCACCGGAGCGGUCAUACAUUCAGGACGAUGGGGAAGGCUCGAGCUCACCUAUUCCAGACUGCCCCGACACACCUCCACACAAAACCUUCAGAAAACUUCGCCUUUUUGAUACUCCACACACACCAAAGAGUUUGCUGAACAAAGCCAGAACUGCCAGCUCAGUGUCCUCAAGUAGGAGAGUGGCUCUCUUCAGGAAUGUGGAUUCCACAGGAAAAUCUGGUCCAGACAGUAGGAGAAGCCAGACCCCUUUGGUCAACAUCAACCCCUUCACCCCGGAAGCCCUUCUCAUCCAGUCUACUACUCAACAGAAGAAUAACAGGAAGAGGGCACACUGGAAUGACUCCUGUGGUGAGAACAUGGACGCGAGUGACGCUGAAACCGAAGAAAUCAUUCCUCCGCCAAAGAGAAUCACCUUGAUGGAGAGUAAUAUGAAGUCCAGAUACGCUUCUGAGUUCCACCAGCUGGAGAAGAUCGGCUGCGGGGAGUAUGGGGCCGUCUUCAAGUGUGUCAAAAGACUGGACGGCUGCAUCUAUGCUAUCAAGCGUUCAAAGAAGCCCCUGGCAGGCUCUGUGGAUGAGCAGAACGCUCUUCGGGAGGUGUAUGCCCAUGCUGUGCUGGGCCAGCACCCCCACGUGGUUCGCUACUACUCAGCCUGGGCAGAGGAUGACCAUAUGCUCAUCCAGAACGAGUACUGCAACGGUGGCACCCUCUCAGAUGUCACGGCCGAGAACUAUCGGCGGCUCGGCUUCCUAUCGGAGCUGGAGCUGAAGGACCUGCUGCUGCAGGUGACUCGCGGCCUCAAGUACAUCCACUCAUCCUCGCUGGUCCACAUGGACAUCAAGCCUAGCAAUAUUUUUAUCUCACGCAAGACUCUGUGCAGUGUAGACGCAUGUGAUGAAGAGGAGGACGAAAAGGAUGGACUGGCAACCAGUGUGGUAUACAAAAUAGGUGACCUUGGCCAUGUGACGAGGGUGAACAAUCCUCAAGUUGAAGAAGGCGAUAGCAGGUUCCUGGCAAAUGAAGUCCUCCAAGAGGACUACAGUAACUUGACGAAGGCGGACAUCUUUGCCCUGGCCCUGACUGUUAUCAGUGCCUCUGGGGCAGAGCCUCUGCCCACCAAUGGGGAUAAGUGGCACGAGAUCCGUCUGGGAAAACUGCCACCCAUCCCACAAGUGCUCUCUCAGGAAUUCCUGAGUCUACUCAAGCUGAUGAUCCACCCUGACCCCACCAGGCGGCCGUCCACCUCUGACCUCAUCAAGCACCCGGUGCUGUUGACCGCAGCUAGAAUGACUGCUGAUCAGCUCCGUGUGGAACUCAACGCAGAGAAGUUCAAGAAUGCACUGCUUCAGAAGGAGCUGAAGUUGGCCCAGAUUGCCAAAGCUGCUGCUGAGGAUAAGGUUCUGUCCACAGACAGAGUCCUGACCCGUUCCACUGUCCAGCCCAACCCCAAAACCUCCAGACUCAUCGGCAAGAAGAUGAACCGCUCAAUGAGCCUGACCAUUUACUGAAAUGCAGACACGUCCCUCCCCCAAUGAUGUUGGAACAUGGACUGGAAAACUGAUAUCUAGGGAAUCUGACUAGCUACGUAUUCUGUUGGGUACAAGUGCUGAAAAUGGACCCAAUUUCCACUGGUCACAGGAGAGACUUCACUGUCAAACUUGGUGCUGUGGGUGGACCUUUCUUGUCGGACUCGGUCAAGACUGAGACUAGACAUUGCCAUACUCAAUUAGUACUGACUUGUCAAAUAUUUGACCAGUAAUUCUGGUAGUGGACAUCUUGACAGAGACCAAGCAUUCCUUAAGGUAGUUAAUGUACCUUUUUUUUCUGUUUUGUUUUUGUCAGCCACAAGUCUUAAGUAGAUUGCAGAGGCUCUCCACUGUACUCCAUG